AUGUCGCAGCAAACGCAGGACCGAGACCCCUUUUACGUGCCAAGUGACGAGCGCACUCAUCCGUAUGCUAUCGAUUCGACUCGACAGUAUACACCUCGGGUGCCAUCGCACACUUACAGCGACGAUUCCUAUACGAAUCAAAUAGCUGGGCCGUCGACGACGUCUCUCGUGCCAUCAGGGAGGGGCCACUUUGAACAUGAGAUGGACGAUGGGCAUAGGGAGGACGACGAAGCUCAUUUGACGGCGAACAUGUCGCAUAGUGGUAUGGGGGAUCAUGGUUCCGAGGGAUACAGCUCGAACGACCCAGAAAACGAGGGUGGUCAGACGCCCCGGUCCCGAAGGCGGACACUGCGAUAUAGCGUGUCGCCUUCACCGUUGAAGAAGACGGAAACAGCUAUCAAGUCGGUGUCGAAGAACCUGCGGAGAAUGUCGUUGCGCGUCGUGAAUCUGGCGAAUACGGGCUUGGAGGGGCAGCUCAGGCUCGGGGAUAAUGACCAGGACAAAGAUAAAAAGCUACAGGAUGACGAAGACGACGAUGAGCCUCCAAUGCCAGACUUGAAGCAGGUUCUACCAAUUCGCGGUCGGACACUGGGAUUCUUGGGACCGGACAGCCGCGUUCGCCUGGCACUAUUUAGAUUUCUCGUUCAUCCUCUAACUGAACCUAUGAUUCUGAUAUUAAUCGUGUUAAACGCUGCUGUAUUAACCGCCCAGGCCUUCCCUUCUCUGACGCUUCCAACUGCAAACGGCCCAGCGCUUCCACCCAUUGUAAAAGGCUACUUUCAUUCUUGGACGGACUAUGUUCUAUUUGUACUCUUUAUUGUAUUUACGCUAGAAGCUGUUGCUCGCAUAUGUGUUACUGGAUUCUUGUUCGACCCCGAAGUGUCGAUGUUCACGCUCUUUUCUUCUCCGACAGCACAAUCAGAACCAUAUACCCCAGCACCUGUGCCUACACCAGGCAUGGCGCGACCUACAACAUUAACGCGUGGCCCAUCUUUUUCGCAACGUCUUUCACGCCUUCAAAAGCGGAUUUUCCGCCCCUUUGCGCUCAGUGCACCCCCACCCGCUUCAGUAUAUCCAAUGACCUCGACAGCUCAUGCAACUAGCAAUCCUUACCGGGACAACUUAACAAACGGGCGCGCCAACGGUACUGCGGGCGCUGGAAUGCAUUCCACCCAACGACCGCCCAACACCAGCUUCCCGCCAGAGAAUCAUGAACCUACCAUACUCUCGAUGGCUAUGCGCUCGGAGAACAGCGCGAACCACCCGGAUUCUAUCGCACUUCCUUUCCGGUUGAGCAUUGGUCAUCUGCACGAUAAAACAUCGCGUAAUGUGCCUUAUCUCAGGCAAAGCUGGAGCAGGAUUGAUUUUAUUGCAAUCAUUAGCUUUUGGAUAACAUUCGCUUUGGCAAUUACGGGCGCCGAGAAGGGUAAAUACCACAUUGGGGUGUUCAGGGCGAUGAGUGUGAUCAGAACUGCGAGACUCUUGACGAUUACUUCAGGUACCACUACUAUAAUGCAUUCAUUAAAGACCGCCAGACCUCUCUUGACGAGCGUGGCUUAUUUUGUGCUAUUCGCUAUGGUCCUAUUUUCAAUUAUUGGAGUGCAAUCUUUUAACGGUUCUUUGCGACGCACCUGUGUCAUUAGCCCAACUCUCGGAGAAGGACCACACCUGCGAGACGGCCAAUUUUGCGGCGGAUACAUCGACCCUGUGACAUUAAAUGCGACAGGGUACCUUCAACAAGAUAAUUCUACGACGACGAGCCCGAAAGGUUACAUAUGCCCUCUUGGCCAAGUCUGCAUGGAAAUCUCUAACCCAAAAAUGGGCAUUGAAAGUUUCGAUGCGAUAUACUAUUCAGCACUUCAAGUUAUUAUCGUUGCCACCGCCAAUGGCUGGACUCCUUUAAUGUACUCAAUGAUAGAUGCUGAAUUCUUUGUCUCGUGUUUUUUCUUCAUUAUUGCUGUCGUUGUUCUCAACUUCUGGCUCAUCAACUUAUUUGUCGCCGUCAUUACCAAUACCUUCGCUGCUAUCAGGUCCGAAACGAAGAAAAGUGCAUUCGGAGCUGCUCCACUCAUCGCCAUCGAUAAGGAGAAAGAUGACGGAUGGGCCAUUGUGGAUGGACGUAAAGCAGUUACAAGAUCUAACCCAGCGAGGACCAUAUAUGCCUACACAAAAUGGUGCUGGAUCAUUCUCGCACUCACUGAACUUGUCCUUCAAGCCACACGAACUGUCAACGUCUCGCCAAUGCACGAAACGUUGAUGUUUUAUGGUGAAAUCGCUAUCACCAUUGCUUUUGAUUUUGAAAUUGGUCUUAGAGUCCUCGCAACGUUACCGGAUUGGAGAUCAUUUUUUAGACACGGGAAUAACUGGCUUGACUCAAUUUUUGCCAUUGUAUCAACAAUCAUACAAAUUCCUGUCAUUCGGCACUCGGCAGUAUACCCUUGGUUUACGAUCUUCCAGUUGGCAAGGUUCUAUCGUGUGAUUUUGGUCGUUCCACGCAUGAAGCCAUUGCUGAUGGCGGUGUUCGGUAACAUGUACGGUCUUUCGAACAUGGCAUUGUUCCUAGUCAUCAUCAACUAUAUCGCCGCUUUGGUGGCCGCCCAAUUUCUUCGAGGCGAUUUUGGAGAUGAUGUCACUAUAAACUUUGGCGAGAUUUUCAAUUCCUUUUUGGCAAUGUAUCAGGUUUUCUCCUCGGAGAAUUGGGUCGACGUUUUGUAUGGUGCUGGGAUGGCGGAAAUGCCUCUUGGGCAGACGGUCAUCGCCCUGAUAUUCAUUUCCGCGUGGAUGUUAUUUGCAAACUUUAUUGUUCUCCAAAUGUUCAUUGCCGUGAUCAACGAAAAUUUUGAAGUUGCAGAGGAACAGAAGAAGGGGAAACAAGCAUCAAACUACUACAGUCAACACAAAGCUCGACACGGCACAGUCACUUGGCUUAGGCGUUUGAAUCCUUACCGAUUUGUAAAAGCUAACCCUGAAACAGCCAAAGUGUCGAACUUGCCCUCGAACCUCGUUUUGCCUAUGCAGAAGACACUGGUGCAAGAUUACGCCAUCUCUAGAGUUGACUCGAGGACCACAACGGCACCUGUUCAAAAAUCAGUUCGGAAACGUCGCUUUAUGAAGCCUCAACAUUACUCGUCGAAAUCAUUGACUGCAUUGCAACAGUUAUUUGCAGGCGAAGCUAAAAUGCAAGAUAUUCCUAUGAAUACUUUACAUCGCCGACAAGAACCAAGUGCGGAUCCUUUUGAUGAGGAAAUGGACCGGCACCUGGAGCUUUUGGCUUCUGUCAACCCGACGGUCGGCCUUGCAGAAGCUGCAGACGACGAAUACCACGAAAGACGGGCUCAGAAGGCUGACUUCAUCCGCGACCAUCCGUCAUAUGACAAAGUAUUUUGGGUCAUCGGCCAGAAGAAUUGGUUGCGCAAACUCUGUCAAAAGGUCGUCCAGCCAGCCAGAGGAGAGCGAAUUUUUGGCACACCACCGUCUCCAGUUGCACAUCCUAUUUUCCAACUGGUAUUGCUUCUAACUGUCAUUGGGGGCAUUGUCGUUGAAGGCAUCGCUACACCCGCAUACCGUCGUCAUUAUUUUCAGCAAUUCGGACUGAUUCGUGGGGCAUGGUUCGAAAUCGCAGAAGCGGCAUUUGGAUUCUCCCUUUUUGUCGAAUUCAUGAUCAAAAUCAUCGCCGAUGGGUUCGUUUUCACCCCAAACGGCUACCUUCUAAGUAUAUGGAACUGCUUGGAUUUUGUGAUCAUGAUUGGGAUUAUCAUCAACGUCACGACUGGUUUGAUAUUCAUCGGUGGACUUAGUCGAUUUACACGGUCUUUGAAAGCUCUCAGGGCACUCAGGCUUAUCACGCUCAUCGACAAGAUGAGAAACACGUUCCAGACUCUCAUCAUCUCUGGAGCAAGCCGGAUCUUGGAUGCUGCUGUUUUGGCAAUCCUAUACAUGAUUCCCUACGCUGUCUGGGGUCUCAAUAUCUUCAACGGUCGAAUGAACCUUUGCAAUGACGGCGAUGCCAAUGGUGUAGAGGAUUGUAUUGGAGAGUAUGUCAAUACUGUUUACGACGAUGCUUUUGGCUUCCCUGUUCCUCGGUCCUGGGACAAUCCAUCACCAUCCACCACAUUUAGCUUCGACUCAUUCCGCUCUUCGUUGCUCAUUCUCUUCGAGAUCGUGUCUCUGGAAGGUUGGAUUGAUGUUAUGGGUGUUGCGACCAGUAUUACUGGGCCGGGACAGCAACCAAGGACCAAUGCGUCACAGGCGAAUGCCAUCUUCUUCGUUAUCUAUAACCUCAUGGGUGGUGUUGUGAUCUUGACACUCUUCAUUAGUAUUAUCAUAGGGAAUUUCAGUUCGAAAACUGGUACUGCUCUUUUGACGAAAGCCCAGCGCGAGUGGAUCGACUUGCAGAAAUUGUUCAAGAGGCAGAAGCCGUCCAAGCGUCCAAAGGUUCGACCCACAGGUCGCAUAAGGAAAUGGUGCUUUGAUCGUGCCGUUCACAAGCAUGGAUGGUGGUCUAGAGCAACUACAUUGUUGUUCGUUCUUCACAUUAUCGCGUUGAUGACACAAUCAUUCUCUACAACCGCCAACUUGGCAGAAACCUUCCGAAACGACUUCUUCCUUGCUCUCAUGUUCAUUUUUCUUGUGGAUGUCUUCAUUCGGUGGUUUGGCCUCGGAUGGCGAAGCUUCCGUGCGAACGGCUGGAAUCUUUUUGAUAUGGUAGUUGCCAGCGGAAGCUUUAUAACCACCCUUAUUGUCCGCUUCGGUCACAGCGGGUACGGCACACAACAACUACAAAAGUUGUUUUUGGUCAGCAUCGCAUUCAAGCUCGUGCAACGUACCAACAGCUUGAAUAUGCUCUUCAAGACCGCGGUGUCAAGUCUUCCGGUCAUCUUCAGCCUGUUGGGCCUAUGGCUCGUGUUAUUCAUCUUCUUCGCGAUCUUAUACAUGGAAGUUUUCGGAUUAACGAAAUGGGGUGGAGCGGAGACGCCGACCACAAAUUACUCUUCGUUGGGAUCAGCACUUGUGAUGCUUGCGUUCCAGAGUACUGGCGAGGGAUGGAACCAGUACAUGCAUGAUUAUGAUCUAACUUACCCGCGAUGCACUGAAUCUCCAAAUGAGUCUGAGUCGGAUUGUGGAAGUACCGCAUGGGCAUUUACACUAUUUAUUGCCUGGAAUCUGCUCAGCAUGUACAUCUUUGUCAACAUGUUUACUGGUGUGGUCGUCGAGAAUUUCUCCUAUGUGUUCCAGGCUUCGGGCAGCGGGUCUAAGUCAAUCUCGAGAGAGCAAAUGCGUUCAUUCAAAAAGAUAUGGGGCGAAUUUUCGAAUCAGAAAACUGGUUACCUCGAGCGUCACCGUUUCGCAGCGUUUUUUCAGAAACUCACUGGAGUGUUUGAAGUUCGCAUCUACCCAGCCGAGUAUAGCGUCCGGAAUAUACUCAGCGUCUGCAAAGAUCCUUUAGACAAGAAAGCCUGGGGCUCUCGUGUGGUGGAUGGUGUUGACCUCAACAAAUUGGAAUCAAUCGUAGAUGGCAUUGACUACGCUGACGUGCGGAAGCGGAAGGCCAUAUACAGACGCCUCUACCAUGAAGCCAGCAUAUCACACGAGCAAGGUCUAGGAAUAUCUUUUACUGACAUGCUUACCCUUCUGGCACAUCAUAAAUUGAUUGUUGAUGCAGAGGCAUUGGUCUUACAAGACCUAGUUGUGCGGACAGAGACGAACAAAUUGGUCACUGAUCUUGUCAACUUGGAUCGUGUGCGCUCGCUGUUGAAGACAAUCUCGUAUCGGCGACGUUUUCUGGCGCAUCUUGAGAGAAAACGGGCCGAGAAAUAUGAGCAAGACAUCCCUUCCAUCGUGGUCGAAACGAUGCCAGGGACGCCCCCCAUGUCGUCGCGUGAUAUCUCCAGUGCUGGAUUUGGUGAUCAUUCAUUCUCACCAGGAAGCCCGACACCUGUCCCCUUGAAUCCUCGAUACAGUCAUGCAGAUUAUUCUCUCGCGAUGGACACAUCGUCCGGACCGAAGCUGCAACGUAGCAGUCGCCGUGGAAGUGAUUACAGCACAUUCACAGCCGACACCUUCAGGUCGCCACGAACAUCUCUGGUUGAUGAUGAUCCGCAAGAUGUCGUAAAUGCCAUGCAGAGUUCAGUUUGGGGAGAUCUUAUGAUGGAGGUUGCAGAAGAGGAAAAAGGCAACAAAGGCUUUUAA